AUGCCGGAGUUCUUAAAAAGCUUGCUUUGCUCCAUCCAAGCUCUAUCUAUUCUGCACUGUGAUCAGAUGUCAAUUCAGUUCGUGUUGUUCCACAAUUUUACGAAGGACGACGACGCCAUAAAGUUUGCCAAUGAGAAUGUUAGUAUGCAUGCUCACUGGUCACGUGACGAAGUGCAGAUUUUUGUAUUAGCUGGUUUAUUAGUAUUCAUUGUUUUGGGAUUCAUUAUAGUAGCAGCAGUCGAUUGUAUGAAGCAGAUUUAUGAGAAUUGUUUCAAACGGCAAGAAGACGUGGAUGAGUGGAAAGCCCCUCCGCUUUCAAUGUUGGCUCCACCUCCGUACUCAUCAACUCAGUCUUUAGCCACGAUAGCCUAGUCAUGAGGUCUUUUAAUAGUGGUAGAAGUUUCGACUUACCUUUCUUGACUGUGGCUAAUGAUGAAGGAAUAUUCGGGAGAAUCUUGCGUUACGACACUUCCAUUACUUGGAACGCUCAUUGUACAUAUGCUGUAAUAAUGUAAUUUUCGUUGCUCAUUCUGUCAUAUCAUUGAA